AUGCUCUUGAGGUUGCUCUUCUCGGGUUCAUUGUUACUUACAGAAUUCCAAUCUAUCACAGAAGCUACUGGCGAAAUCUUAACUGCGUCAUGGACAAAUGUGACGGUGGGUGCAGCACCAGUACUUAAUCUUGUAUUGACGACGGGGGACGACCCUUUACUGUCGGCGAACACUCGUUUCGAGAUCCAGCUUCACCCACACUUUGCCGUGGCUUCGGACGCUGGCAUCGAUGAAGUCGUGCUAAGAGAUACCUUAGACGGCACGUGCAGUGUCACAGUGGACUCAAGUAUGAACAAGCUGACUGUCCAACGCAAUGGAGAUGGAAGUGUUGUGAAUUCGGCUACCCAAAUACAAUUUAAUCUGAAUGGUGUAACGAACCCUAGUUACGCUGGCCAAAUAUGUGUCGGAAAUAUUGAAAUUCUUGACAAUCAAGCGCAAUUAUCUCGAACUUUGCAGUUGCCUACGAUUGUUAUUGAGCCGGGAUCCCUUUGGAAUGCUCAGCUGGAGUUUUCAAAUUUGCUAAGCGGUCGUCGCGCCUCGGUGGUGGUUCGUAUGACACUUGCUCACGCCAUACCAACGGAUGGAGCUAUAACAAUAUAUUUGCCGUCGCCUCUGUAUGGGUCGUUAUCUGGUGUCUCCCUGUUAAGCGAUUCAGGGCUAGACGGCGACCUGGAAAUAAUGUCAAAGAAUAAUGCGAUCUGGAUAAUGCGAGGGGUACGUUCAGGCGGUGCCAGCGCAGAAAUGCAGGAUGUUGUUUUUGAACUGAAUGGAGUAUUACACCCUUACAUAGAAGGUCCAUUUGGCUCUUCUAUUCUACUGCAGACACUGGAUGGAUCUAAGCACAUUAUUGAUCAGACGUAUGUAGACACAUCGAAGAACAACCUGGCCAAAGCACGUGUGGUGUUCAGCAGUACGAGUCUUCAGGUGAAAGAAGGGGAUGCUAUUGGAGCACAAUACACAGUCGUCCUAAGUGAUCCACCUUACAGGGACACUACCGUAAUACUCUCAGUUGGGGAUUUUGUCAGCCGAUCACAGCUAACGCUUGAUCCCUUAUUUCUUGUGUUUUCUACUUCAAAUUGGUCUAUACCCGCAAACGUGUCUGUCUCUGCAAUAGACGAUGAUGCAUAUAGUGGAAACUAUACUCAAGAAAAUCUCGUUAGAGUAAGCCACACGAUCAUCAGAGGUGACAGCGGCAAUACAUUUGCGGGUGGUGGCGACGUUAACGUACAUAUUAGCGAGAAUGAUUUUCCUGCCAUUCGUCUCUCCAACCGCUUUCUUGCGGUCAUUGAAGGACUUCGCAACGACAGCUAUCAGAUAUCUCUUACGUCCCAGCCUAGCAGCGAUGUAAUUGUAUUUAUGAAACCAAAAGAUUCCUUUAUUGAGGCCUAUCCAAAUGAGGUGGUGUUUACAAGUGGUACAUGGAAUACUUCGAAGGUUAUCAACGUGGUUGCAUCUACUGCAAUAUCAACAGUUCAGACAACUAGCGGCAUAUUACAUGUAAUUGUUUCGGGUGAUGUAAACUACGAUGGCCGUAAUGAUCAUGUUUUCCCGCAAAAUGAAGUGCAGGUAUACUAUGAGCCGCUCGAAAUGGAAUCUUGCGUUAUACCGUGUCGUGCAGGAUGGUUCUCAAUGUUUAAUGCUUCAACCGGAGACUCAAAAUGUGUUGGCUGCCCACGUGGAUAUUUCUGCUCUGGAUCUUGCUCGCUACCAGUAGCGUGCCCUAAAGGCACUUCGUCUGGCGUCGAGUUCGCACAUGAAGUUACCGCGUGUCAAGCUUGCUCGAUUGGCAUGUACGCACAUAGCGAAGGAUUGUCAACUUGCCUCACGUGUCCGGCUGGUGCUUUUUGUAGUGACCCGAAUGCAAGUCCCCAGCCGUGUCCAUCGGGUUUCUUUUCAAGUAGUGGCGAAACACAAUGUCAUGAAUGCCCAGCAGGAAACUUUAACAAUGAGUCAUUUCAGUCAAAAUGUUCAAAAUGUCCUGAAGGGUAUUACUGCCCAAAAGGCUCAACUAAUCCAGUGGCGUGCACACACGGUACCUACUCUGUAAAUUCUGGCGCUACCCCUUGCGAAAAAUGUCCUGCUGGGUAUGCGUGUUCUGAUCCGACAGUUGAACCAGUUUCAUGCCCAAUUGGCUCAUACUCGCUUUUCGAUGCUGUGUUAUGUACGAUUUGUCCAGGUGGACAUUUUUGUCCGUUUACAAAUCAAGCACCACAGAUUUGUGGCUCGGGGUACUAUAGCUUACCAGGCUCUUUAUCUUGCAAAGCUUGCCCUCGUGGAUUUGCUUGUGAUAGCAGUACUUCAACGAAGCCUAAUGAGUGUACAUUAGGCACGUACAACAGCAUUGAAGGAGCGGUGACAUGCCGUUCGUGUCCCGCUGGUCACAGCUGUGUCGACGUGAGUCAAUCCCCUAUUCUUUGUCAGCCUGGCAGCUACAGCUCCGAGGGUGACCACAUAUGUCAUGCAUGCCCUGCUGGUAGCUAUUGCCCUGACCAAUACAGCUCUCCUUUCACUUGUGCUAUUGGAACUUAUUCGCUCGGGAGUGCUACGAUGUGCACUUCAUGUGGUCUUGGCGUGACCUGUUCGACUGAUGUGGCUCCAGUAGCAUGUACUGCGGGAUACUAUUCGGUCAAUGCGUCGUCUCCAUGUUUAUUGUGCGAAGCUGGAAAUUUUUGUUCGUCAACAUCGUUGCCUCCAAAAAAAUGUAAUCAAGGCACUUACAGCUACAGUGGAGCCGUAUCAUGCAAAAGUUGUCCCUAUGGGUACACUUGCUCGACCGCGGGAGAUCUUGUGGCAUGCGCGUUAGGCCAAACAAAUAAUGCGGAUCAUUCUGAAUGUACUUUUUGUCCAAAAGGAUACGAAUGCUCGCCAUUUAAGACUUCUGCUAUAGCGUGUACGCCAGGAAGCUACAGUUUGGACGGAGAAGGUCAGUGCAUCCAAUGUCCGAAAGGCUAUAUGUGCGCAACAACAACGGAGGCUCCCGUGCGUUGUGAGGUCGGGUCUGUUGCUGUAGCUGGCUCUGUUGAGUGUGUCAAUUGUCCGGCUGGUUACUACUGCCCGCAACCAACUUCAGAUCCACUCUCAUGUCCUCUGUGGCAUUAUUCCACAAACGGCAGUUCGUUUUGCAUCCCGUGCCCGGCAGGAAUGGAUUGCACGUCAGCAUCUAGCGCUCCAAUAACGUGUCCGAGUGGAUCGUAUAGUCUACACCCCGCUUCAGCCUGUUUAUCAUGCCCAGCUGGAUUUGAGUGUGUGCAUUCAGGGGCAGCUCCAACGGUCUGCAGUCCUGGCACAUUCAGCGUUGAAGGACAGGCGAGAUGUACGCAGUGUUAUGCAGGGUACUAUUGUCCACAGUCCGGCCAAGUUAUACAGCUUCCCUGCUCUGUUGGAACAUACACCGAGGCCGGAGCAACUGCAUGUACUACCUGUCCUGCUGGCAUGUAUUGUCCAGUGACGAAUCAGGCCAAAAAGAUUGCAUGUGCAGCAGGAACUUACUCACUGGGAAGCCAAGCACAAUGUAUCUCAUGCCCAAGAGGUUAUAUGUGUCCGGACGUAGAUGGUAGCCAGAAUGAGAUUUGCGCUCCGGGGUGGUUUUCGUCGGGAGGCGCAGUACAGUGUACAACCUGCCCAGCUGGACAUGCUUGCCCAGACCCGUCAACGUCUGCUCCUCGUGCCUGUCCUAAUGGAUACUAUAGUCUGUCUGGAGCCAUCGCCUGUAUUGCUUGCCCCGUCGGUUAUGCGUGUCCUGAUUCAACGACUAAGCUUCUUGUACCUUGCGCUAAAGGAACGUUCUCAGCUGGUGGUGCAAUCUCUUGUACACCAUGUCCAGCUGGUUUUGCGUGCGCAUUUCCAAACAGCUCAAUUGUCGAGCUGUGUCAACCAGGAUUUUAUUCAACCGCAGGUUUAGGGUCGUGUAUCGAGUGUCCUCGAGGGUAUUAUUGCGACACACCAAAUGAGUUGCCAAAAAACUGUUCUGUGGGCUACUUUAGCUUACGUGCUUCGACGAGCUGCUCAGCGUGCGAUCCUGGCUACGAGUGCCCACGACCUGAUCAGCUGCCACAACCGUGCCCUGUUGGAUACUAUAGUGAAGGUGCUGCGGCCAAUUGCCGUUCUUGCUAUCCAGGGUACAAGUGCAGUCUUGCUUCAAUAAGUCCGACUCCUGAAGAAGACGCUUGUCCGAUGGGUGGUUACUGCAACCCAUCGACGAGUUUUUUUCUCUGCCCUGCAGGCACAUUUGGGAACGUGACAGCAGGAGAGAGCAUUGAUCACGCCUGUGCACCUUGUACAGAGGGAUAUUUUUGCGAAAUGGGAACGACGCCUCUGACGCGGCAGAUAUGCCCAGCAGGCUUUUAUUGUCCGGAGGGUACUAAGCGCGCGUCGCAAAAUCCGUGUACAGCUGGAACUUAUAAUCCAAGUCAAGGACAAAAAAGCUCUGAUAUCUGUCAGACAUGUCCACGUGGGUCAUACUGCCCGACUGGAAGCUCUGAGCCGCAGGUGUGUCCACAAGGAUAUUUUUGCCUUGAAGGAACUAGAGCUGCCAACCAGUACCCAUGUCCUGCCGGAAUGUUUAGUGGUCCGAAGACUGGCCUCACAAUCGCCUCGCAGUGCAAUGAAUGUCCAUCCGGAAGCUACUGUCCAGAAGCAAGCAGUGCUCCAACAAAAUGUCCAGCAGGUCGAUACAAUCCAAAAAUAGGAGCAGCAGAUUUACACGAGUGUCUGGAUUGCCCACCUGGUUGGUCAUGCCCUCACGUAGGUCAAAGUGACUAUGUUGAUCGCUGCGCUAAGGGUCAUUACUGUCCUGGUAAAACUGUGCUUGCGACAGACCACCCUUGCCCUGCUGGCACCUACACUGAAAGUUUAGAGCUCACUCGCUCUCAAGACUGCACUAUUUGUCCAUCGCGUCACUCCUGCUUACAAGGUACAGGAGGUGAAACACAGGCCAUGCUGGAAUGCGGCCCCGGAUUCUUCUGUCCGAAUGGUACAGCCUACCCAAAUCAAUUUCCGUGCCAACCAGGCACAUGGAGCCCUAGUACGUCACUUUCAGCUGCGAAGGAGUGCAAUAUUUGCCCAACAGGUAAAUACUGUCAAGGAGGCAAAUCGUAUAUUGAUGGAAACUGUGCACCUGGUCAUUUUUGCCCGCUCGGAACGUACUCAAGUACUCAAUUUCAGUGCCCAAGCGGAACAUACACAGCCAAGACAUGUUUAUUCGAGCCAAGCCAAUGUGACGACUGUCCUCCUGGUCACUACUGCCCGACUGGGUCUGCUGCACCAAUCCCGUGCAAGGCGGGAAGCUACGCUUCACUCAAUAAUACGAAGAGUGUGGGUCCAGCAGAAGCAUGGCCGGCAUGUAUCACGUGCCCUGCUGGGUACUACUGCAUUGAGGCAUCCUCGGUUCCCCACCAUUGUGGCAAGGGAAAUUUUUCGACAAGUGGAUCAAAAACGUGCUCUACAUGCGAAGCUGGUUUCUUUUGCAGUAGUGAGACGACCAGCGCUGCAAAUAUGCGGACCAAUACCGGGGGCUGGUCAGCGCUUGGAGCAAGCUACGGCACGUGCUACAACGGUACAUACUGCCCUGUGGGACUCGAUAGGGAACCCGCUCUUGAGUUAGACGCGUGUCCACCGGGGUUUUAUUGCCCAACAGCUACUCCAUUGCCAAUUAUUUGUCCUGCGGGUACCUAUAGCAAUUUCACCGGCCAAGACAGCGUCAAUGAUUGCACACCGACGCCCGCAGGCUAUUUUAGUAUUGCAGGCUCACUGGAGCCGACGGGUGUUUGCUCUCCGGGUUUCUACUGUCCCAUUCGAUCGACCUCUCGCACUCAAGUGCCGUGUCCAGCUAGGUACUACCUUGAUCGAACCAAGGGUCAGAGUGAGGAGGAUUGUGCGCUUUGUUUUUCCGGCUCGUAUUGUCCUCCUGGCACAGCUUACCCAAUCAAAUGUCCUAGAGGAUACUAUUGCCGCACAGGGAUUGCAUAUCCAGAGCCUUGUCCGAUUGGCACAUACGCGAACGCUAGCGGAUUGCGUGAAGAGGACGAUUGUCAAUUUUGUUUACCGGGUAUGUACUGUGAUUCGACAGCACUCACCAGUCCAAGAGGGCUUUGCGACCCGGGAUACUACUGUUUCGUGGGGGCUCACACGUCGGCUCCAACGAAUCAUGAGCUUAAUAUAUCUGGCGUGACUUACUUAAAUUCUGGUGGUCGAUGCCCUAGAGGGGCUUACUGUCCUCUGGGCUCAUCAUCACCGACGCUAUGCCCGCCUGGAACGUUUAAUAACUUCACUGGACUUGAGUCAGCAAAUCAAUGUCUGCAAUGCCCACCAGGUAAGUACUGCGAAACUCCAGGGCUACUCGCGCCGACCGGUAGCUGUUACCCUGGAUAUUUUUGUAUUGGAGGAGCAGUCGUUCCAACUCAAAUGGAGACGCCAGCUGGGUCGCUAUCGCUCGUUGGUGCUACUGCGCCAACGCCAUGUCCACCCGGGCUAUAUAAUCUUCAUCCAGCCCAAAAUCAAUGCGAAGUUUGUCCUGCUGGAUUUUAUUGCGAGUCACCGGGAACGAUAUUACCUAAACUGUGCCCCAUUGGGAAUUACUGUCCUGAAGGGACAACCUUGCCAGUAAAAUGCUUGCCUGGUACUUUUGCGACCGGACAAGGUCUAGUAAUGAUUGAGCAGUGUACACCAUGUCCCGUCGGUCAAUACUGCGAUUCUUAUGGUCUCUCAGCUCCUAGUGGGUCGUGUUUUGCUGGCUUUGUGUGCAGUGGGGCGUCGCCGAUUGCCAAUCCUAUCGGCCGAAAUUAUGGCUAUGUGUGUCCGGUAGGUAAUUAUUGUCCAGAAGGCACUAAAAGUGCUAUUCCUUGCCCCCUAGGGUCGUUUCGAACUGAAAGUGGAGGUACAAGCCCGGAAUCGUGCUCGCUCUGUCCCGGAGGCAAGCACUGCAGCUCCACAGCCUUGGCUGCUCCGUCGGGUUUUUGCAGUGCAGGAUACUACUGUGUUUACAAUGCGUCGACGCCGACACCGAUAGAUACGAUAAGUGGGGCAAUCUGCCCUACUGGGUUUCACUGCCCGGAGGCAAGUACGGCCCCAAUUAAAUGUAGCGCUGGCACAUACGCUGCGAAAAAGGGUCAAGACGUGUGUGACAAAUGUCCAGCGGGGCACUUUUGCGACGGUGUGACAACUAGUACAUACGCAAAUUGUCCUGCGGGUCACUAUUGCCCUGCAGGCACAGCACAAAGACCCUUUCCUUGCCCAGUCGGAACUUUUAGCAACUUGAUCCGUCUUGCGAAUGUUACUGAAUGCCAGACGUGCACGGCAGGAUUCUUUUGUGAAAAACCUGGGCAAGUGCAGCCUUCAGGACUAUGUGCGGCAGGAAAUUUUUGUCCUCCACGAUCAGAGAAUGCUUUUGGCAGAACAGCUGAUGAUGACACGCAUGUCUGUCCUGCUGGUUUCUUCUGCCCUGAGGGCACUUACUUACCUCUGAUGUGCCCGACGGGAACAUACUCGAAUGCUACGGGAUUAAAAAGGUUUGACGAUUGUGUUUUUUGCGAUGAAGGCGCCUACUGCACCGGGUCUGGCCUCGUGGAGCCUACUGGACCAUGUGACGGUGGAUACUAUUGCAGACGUAACAAUACUCAGCCUGAUCCUUCAUCUGGUGUCACUAUGGUCGUGACAGGUACUGAAGAAUCUGAAAUUGUCGUGUACUUUGGUGGACAAGUCUGCCCGAUCGGUUCGUAUUGUCCACGAGGGUCUGUGAGUCCACUUUUGUGUCCCGAGGGUUCGUACGCCGACGUCGCUGGAAUAUCGACGUGUCUUGCGUGUCCCUCCGGUUUUUUUUGCCCUCGUGGCUGCAGCGACUAUCUGAGCAAUGAAUGCCCGAUCGGUCACUACUGUCCGGAAAGUACGAAACGAGCUACUCAGUUUCCGUGCCCACCUGGGUCUUUCGGGAACCGUACGAGACUGCAAAGCCCCGUGCAGUGCACUUUAGCACCUGGAGGCACAUUUGUUGAUGGUACUCCGGCAGAUAUCACAGCGACUGGCGGACCGUGUUUACUUGGUACAAACUGUCCUGAGGGUUCAGCAAUUCCGAUCGUCUGCAAUGCUGGCGCAUACUGUUCAUCAACCAAUAUUGAUGCAGCAUUGCCAUGCAAGGAGGGAUUUUACUGCGUACAGGGAUCUUAUACUGCGACUCCGACUGGCCAAACUAACUCGCUCGGAAGAAUUGGUGACGUCUGUACGCGUGGGCAUUACUGCCCACAAGGUACCAGCAACCCCAUUCCAUGCAUCCCUGGAACAUAUUCUGAGACUACUCAAAACGUUAAUGCAAGCAAUUGCCUUCCAUGCUCCCCUGGGUAUAUCUGCAGCACCUCUGGGAUUGUCACACCUUUCGAAAAGUGCCCGGCUGGUUUCUUCUGCACCGGUGGAGACAGCGUCGCUACGCAGCGUUGUCCAAAAGGAUUUGAGUGUCCAGAGAGCUCGAUAAAGCCGCGUGCCUGUCCUGCUGGAACUUUUGCAGACGAAAUUGGUCUUUCGACUUGUAAAGUGUGUCCUGAAAGGUUUUACUGCGAGGCUGGUAGUGUGAUUCCUCUGGUAUGUCCUCAAGGUCAUUACUGUCCAUCACAAACACCAUCGCCAACAAAGUAUCCGUGUCCAGCUGGGUCUUUUGGAAAUUUUUCAUCUCUGGCGAGCCCAACGGAAUGUACUCAGUGUCCUCCUGGAAGGUUUUGUACCGGCUUACCACCGACAAACACAACGUCAGGUGAAUGCGCUCCAGGCUUUUAUUGCGCUGGAAACGCCACCACAGCUAAACCAUUAGACGGCAUUAUGGGGGGCAUUUGUCGCGGUGGUCAUAUUUGCUAUGGAGGGUCUGCAGUGCCCGAUCCGAUAGAUGGAAUCACAGGUCAAAUAUGCAACCCUGGCUUCUAUUGUCCAGAAGGCUCCCCAUAUCAAAUCCGCUGUCCAAAGGGAACAUACAACAGCAUUGAGAAACAGAGUUUCUGCGUUGCGUGUCCGGCCGGUAGCUAUUGCGAUACAAACUCGUCGAGUCCUGUAGGAUGCCCCCUACGGUAUUAUUGUCCAAGAGGGACCAUCAACCCCGUUCUAUGCCCCAAUGGUACCUACGGGCACGAAGUGGGGCUUACAAAUGCUGAGGAAUGUGCUCCAUGCCCUGCAGGCAAAUUUUGCCUAGCGGGUACUGUCACCGCUUCGUGUACUGCAGGUUAUUACUGCAGAUUGCGUAAUGAUCAUCCCAAUCCAAAUGCAGCAAAAUCUGAUAAUAUAUCGAAUAGUGAGUUCACGUGGCGAACGGAAGCAGGUGGUCCUUGUCCGAUUGGUCACUAUUGUCCUGAAGGAGUGCUGGACCCUAUUCCAUGCCCCACAAACUCGUCACGUAUUCAGACUCUUGGAGCUGCUCUAAGCGAUUGUGGAUUAUGCCCUGCUGGCAAAAGUUGCACUGAUGGCAUCAAGACCAUCCCGUGCCCUACAGGUUCAUAUUGCCCGUACAGUGUGGGGGAGGUACCUUGCCCGCCUGGAACAUUCAAUGGAGCACAGGGCAAGGAAAACUUGGAAGACUGUCGACCAUGUGAUGCUGGGAAAUUGUGCAAUCGAACGGGCAUUAUAGACCUUGGCGGAUAUGACUGCCCUUCAGGACACUUCUGUCAUAGAGGUUCCACUGAGCCAAGCCCGUGCCCAGACGGGACUUACCGCGCUUUUGCGGGGGGCAAAAGCCCCGAAGAUUGUUUGCUGUGUAUUGAGGGAUCGUUCUGUAGAGCAGGAGCAGCACAACCAAUUGUUUGCGACGCUACGUCGUACUGUCCUGCUGGAUCAGGCUCUCCGGUUUCAUGUCCUGGUGGUAGCUACUGUCCGUAUAACUCAACGGCUCCAUUCACAUGUCCUGAAGGUUAUUUUUGUUCACCUGGAGUUGCCUUGCCUUCGAUCUGCACGCUUGGCCACUACUGCCCUCGUGCAACUCAAGCGCAAAUCCCAUGCCCGUUGGGGUUUCGUGGACGAGCAACUCCUCUAGAUGGUGCAUACAUAUCGCUCUAUACUUCGUGUGAAGCGUGUUCUCCUGGAACCUUUGGAUCUGACUUCAACCGAACGCGUUGUGAUCAAUGCUUAGAAGGUUUUGUUUGUCUUGGGGCAACCACUACAAGUCACCCAACAAGUCCGGAGGCUGACAGAGGCUAUCCGUGUCCACCUGGUUUCUAUUGCCCUGCUGGUUCUUCAUUGGAGAUCGCGUGCCCACGUGGAACUUACCAACCAAGCUACGAAGGCAAGAAUGCAUCAGCGUGUCUACUUUGUCCAGAUAAUACAUAUCAAAACUUAGAAGGACAGACGACCUGUUUACCCUGUUCUUCGAGCGCCUACGCGGGGACAGGGUCCGCCAAAUGUUCAUGUGCUGGUAGCCAUCGCGCCUUCCAAAUGACCGACGGGUAUUGUAUCUGUGAACCUGGCUACGAAUUUUACGACCAGAAUAUGAUUCUGCGCAGUGACGAAGAUGGAGAAGUAGAUUGCCAGCCUAUCGUAUACGCUCGUUGCAGCAGCAGUCAGGUGCGCUCUGAUAAUGGGUCAUGCGUUUCAGCGAGCGGAAAAGUUUGCGAUGCAGCGUGUAACAGUGGUGCUGGUACAUUUGUCGCUAGUCUUGGUAUAUGCCAGUGUAACGAUCAGCUUGACUUGGAUACAGUUUGUGAUAAAAAAUGUCGUGACGAAGCAACACGAAUUGUGGUGAAUAGCAGCACGUGUCAAUUGCAGCUCCUCGAUUCGAUCUCUGGCAAAGUGGGGCUCUUUAAGGACGUAGACAAUACUAGUGGCCUUUUCUCCAAGGUAUCUUGCUUAUCAGGAAGCAAUUGCCAGCUACACUCAAUUACAGUAGCCUCUACUGGAUUUAUAGGCUCUUAUGAGCUACCUGCAAGUAUUUUGGAUGAUUCUGCACGAAGACAACGACGUUUGACGACAGCUACGGCCUCAAAAUCGAUCGCAAAUCCUAUGGUCUGCUUAUCUUUGGGAGACGGUCUAUACUUUGACUUGUCGGUGCCUCGAUCCUAUCCGAUUUAUCUUAAGAACUCCAUGCUGAACACUAACCCGAGUUUUGAUCACGGGGCCUUCCGCUUGAUUGCUGAGAAGGUGAUUAAUUCGAGCCUCGUAUCAGCGUUUGCGUUCUCCUUUACAGAACCAGGGACGUACGUGUUUGGAAACUCACUUAACCCAGCAGCCCAGACAGUUGUGUUUGUCAUGAAGCAAGGAACAAGUUGUCCUACUGAAGCUCCGAUCGUUCCGCUUAAUGAGAGAAAUUUGAUCGCCCUCAGCGCCAAGAGACGAACUGAUGAUAUUAUCUUAUCCCCUGACUGGGGGCUUAUCAUGGGGCUACUGAGUGCUUUUUUUGCUUCGGUGGUAGCAAUCAUUGGCGCUCUGUACUAUUUUCGAGCCAGAAGUUGGACAAACACUUACAUACCGAGUGCCAGUGGAUACCGCGCGAAGACUAAACACGUCAACUUGGCUUGUAUGCAUACUAAAGGAACUGUCUUGGUGAACUCGACUAGUAUUCUUCAACAUGGGUCUACUGCACCAAUUAUAUCAGAUCUAUCACCAACAAGCAAGGAACAAAGUACCCUUGAUGGACAAGGGUCUCGAAAGAAAAGUAAGUUGGAGCAUCAAGUGGAUUCAGACGGCCGAAGCGAGGAUGAUAUGGAACUUCGUAAUCUGUUUGAUUGUCUUCGGCUCUAUCAUGAAGCUGCAACGAAAAAUUCUGAAAUUCAAAAAGGCGAUGUGAAGGAAUUGGUUCGGCACUUGCAAGCUGAAGCAAUUGAACUCAAAAGAUUGCUCGUAAGCACUUUGGUUGCUUCUGACGCGGUGGCCACUUUAUCGGUAAGUGACGCUUCAGCGAAAGACGAUGUAGCCGAAACGUCCGAAGCCCUCCCUAUAAGCAGUCUCAGUGGGCUUCCGCGAUCACGGAUGGUUGCAGACAAAGAGAGGAUUUUGCUGGAGAUGGUGGAGUGUAGCUUACAGGAUCGCAAACACUUUAUACAAAAAAGAAAUACUAUGCUGGCCGAAGUGAGUACUGGGCUCUACGUGAUCGAAGGAUGGGGUACACUUCUGGCAGAGCUAUCAAAUGCAAUUGUGCAGGAGAUGUUCUCAUCCAUCGGUGAUCACACGCCUGAACAAACCAGAACAAACGAGAAUUCUCGUAUUGAGCAUGUUCGUGCAGCACUUGACAAUUUAAAGACCCUGCUUGCGCCUGAUCCGCUGACUCAAACCUCAUCAUCACUUUUCUAUCUAAUAGAGCAUGAGAAAGGUCGACGUGAAGUUGGGAAAUUCAUUCUGGAAGCAUACCAGCGCUACUUUCUCCAACGCUUGGCCUUGAAAAAAGAGGCUGACGAUCCUAUUGGUCCUCCCACCUUUAUCCAGAGAAUUCUAAAAUUGCAUGACGAAGUUGAAAAGUCUCAAAAUAAAGAGGAUGAGGCUUUUACAGGGUUAUUAUCGUCAUUGCGAAAGCUUGGCGCUGUUCUACCUCAAGUACUUGUUUCAAUAGAUGAUUUGGAAACCAACUUUUGUUGUGAGUUUGAUGCCAUUCGUGAAGAACGGAAUCCCGAUAGGGAGCGUGAAGUUCAAGCACAAACGCGAAAUCGUUUAAAUAAGCUGCUGAAGGAAGUUGCUGCUGGAGCUAAGAAAUUGACUGAUAGCUUAGAAAAGGAAGCACCACGCACUUUGAAACUACAGCGCCAAGCUCAACACGCAGAAGGUGCACUUGUUAGAGCGGUGAGUAGUGUCAAAGAUCAAUCGAAUAUAAUUGAUCAAGAUCAAAGAGAUCGAAUGCUCGAAAACCUUAGUACACACGAAGAGGCGAAUGUUCGACCGCUGACUUCUGCAACGGACCUAAUUGCUUCAAAACCCCAAGACGAUCAGCUUUCUCGAUUAAAAGAUUUGCUGGUUGAGCCUACUACAUGUCUUCGAACUGGAAAAAAAGCAGUACCUCUCAUAGCAGCUAUCCCACAGCUGCCUACCAAUGUUAGGCUUCUGCAUACUCCGAUAUCGGUACAUCCGCAGAUUGUAUUAGAGCGCGAACCUGAGACAACGGUACAGGAGAGUGCGGCUGCGUAUGCGUCGUCGCUAGAAUUGAGCUACCCACAACUUACAAAGUUGGAUAAGGAGCGCUUGUUAGACGACUUUACUUUAGACUUAUGCACCAUUCAGUCAUCUAUUAGUGUGGAAGAGACGCGAAUGCAGGCAGAGCUGGCAUCAAGACAAGUCGUCUCCAAGACCCUUGUUGAGGCAAAACGCACCCAUAUUCAGCGUUGCGAGCAGGAAGACACAGAUACUUUGCGUAAGCAGCACAUUGAGGAGGAGCAAAACUUGAAGUCACUAUUUCAGCAAGAAGAGUUUGCGAUUGAGCAAGAAUAUCUUAACGAACUAUCGGUUUUGAAAUUGAAGUUUGAGAGUGACAUACCUGAUGGUGACUCGAGGAAUUUCCAUUUAGAUCUGGAUAAUGAUACAUAUAAAGUUGACCGAUCCUUUCCACAAGGCUCAGCGACAAUGGCCGAUUUAUCAGGCUCUGAAAACGAAAGUUCAGUUGAUGACAAUGCCGACAUUAUUGCCCAACUCAACGUUGUGUAUUCCCAAGCGUGGAAAGAUCGUGUUCAUGUAAUUGACAUGGAAGAAGCGCUUAGAAAGGAGCGACAUACAGCACGAGUUUAUCGCGAAAAGGAUGUACAGCUGGGCAUUAUUAAAGAAGUGAUGGAAGAUGAAUCUAAAAAUCAGGACCUAGCAUUCGAAUUUUUACAAAUCAAGGAGAAAGUUUUGGAGGAAAUCGUUGCAGAACAAGAUCAUAUGGACUUGAGGCAAGAAAAUGCUGUAAACAGAGCAGUGAAAUGUCUUCAGCAGCAAAUUGCAGCCUGUGCUGCUGGUGAUGAAAGUCAUAAGACUAACAAUUUGCCGCAAUCGAAUGUGACCAUUAAACGAUUAGUCACUGCCGCAAGAAGGGCUGCUCAGGCUGACAAAGUGGUUGCUGAGACGGUUAUUGAACAGGCUAAUCGUAAACUUCAGAAACUGCAGUAUAAAUACGAUAAUAAGAUUUCGACAAUACGAAGUGAAAUCGAAAGCACCUACUUGCGGUUUGAUACUAAGAUGCGAGACGCAACUAGAGCCAAAACUAGUAUUGACCCAAAUAAAAAGCAUAUAGGAUCCGAUGAAGUCUAUAGUGAAGUGAUAGAGGAUGAUUUACACGAAGAACUGCAUGCCAAAGUGGAAGAAAAUGUGGAUUAUUCGAUUAUAAAGCUUCGAUACAAGCACUUUAAGAUACAACGGCAGGUGGAAACCGAGAAAAUUGAAGGCGUAGUUAAUUUAGCUGUGGCAGAUGCUCAACUAGCGUAUCUCGAUGGAGUGUUUGGCGAUAACCAAGUCAUCCUAAUGACUCCCAUCACCACGCGCUUCACAAUUAAGCCAACGAAAGUCGGAAAGUGUCUUGCAGCUCUUGCUUAUCGAAUUUCGACACAAAUUGAGCACCAUUUUCAAAAUGCGUUCUCAAAUUUACACGCCGACUUCGUGGUGACAUGCACCAAACGUCGACAGGAUCUUGACGACGAUCAUGCAAUACGAAACUCCAAACUGGUAGAAAAGUUCAACCAUCGACACCAUGAGCUCGGUGACAAGAAUUUGCCGCCGAAACUUAUACAGCUGCAUGAAGUGGAAACGACGAGGAGAGAUGCCACAUAUGUAAAAGCCACCACAAUUCUCGACGAUCACGAAAGGCAAGAAGGUCAAAAACUCGCCAAAUUAUUAGCGUCUUCGCUAUACGAAAGUGGGAAAAACAUAAAAGGGUCAAUUCGUCAGUAUCGGCAAAGGUAUGAAAUAGCAACUGCUCUUCUUGAAUCGGGCGAUAAAGAAGGUGCAACAAGGCUGUCAAAUGCUAUAGUGGACGCGCUCGACGCACUUGAAUUCGAGGCAUUGCAGCGUACACAGAAUGCAGCACAAGCUCGGAAGGAGAUCGAGCGCGAGACUAUGCGGGCACGAAAAGAAAAUGUGACUGCCAUGGCAGAUCUGGAGGUAGCAUGUAAGGUAGAAAAGUGUCAUCAGGAGCAGUCUUUAAAGGAGCGCAUGACUCGACUGCCCGAGAAACAGUUAGCGGCAAUAUCCGAUUUAGAGGAAAUGGCUAAGAUUGAGACAGAUUCUAUAAAGCAAGACUGUCUGGAGACGCAGCAACUAAAAGAUCAAGUUGACACACAAACGACUUUAGCUCUUCACGUUAAGCUUGGAAAGCAGCACGAACUUGAAGACAGAUUGGCACAGCCGCUUCAUGAUGCUACUAUCGCGAUAUUAACUGCGGUUGCGUCAAGAGAAGCAGUAGCGCUGGCCCGCCAUGAGUUUUUUAAUGCUGAAAAAAAAGGAAAGGAUGGCAUGGCCUCUUUGAUGCGAUUAUGGGGGGCUCGAUCACCCUCGAAAUUAUGGUGGAACGAGUUGAUAAGGAUGACUGCGCAAAAAAAGACUGCUCAAACGGUAUCAGACAAUACCAAAUAUCCCGGUGUUGGUAAUGAAAAUGUUGUGGCAGACGUUAUGGCCGCGAAAAUUGAGGAGCAAAUCAAGUCAUUGAGCUCGAAACUUUGUCGAGCGGGAUAUCAACAGCAGCGGAAAUUACAACUGGAAGAAGUGCACCGAAAGGCCGAGCUUGAGAUAUACUUGAGUCUUAGGCAUAAAGAUGCUAGCAGGCAGCAGAAUAUCAAGGACAUCGACGAAGACGAAACAAAGAUUCGCCAGCAGCUCGUGAUCACAGCUAUUGAGCAAAAAUUCGCAUCAGAAGCGGAGACUGAAAUGGAUCUGCAUCUCCUUGAGGCAGCUAUUUUAUCAGCUGGUGAAAAAAGCAUGACUGACAUCAAGUCGCUUCUGGAUAGUUGUCAUCUAAAUUUGAGCUCUGAACUUACUGCUCUUCGAUAUGAUCAUCAUGCUCGACAACAAAUACUCGAUGACGAAAAUCAUCAGCAAUCACAAAUGUUGCGUCCUGAUAAAGCUUCGGAGCUUGCUAGGGCUAGAGAGAGCUGUGGUUCUGGUGCACUCACGGCUAUAGACGAUGCAUCAGAUCAGAAUGAGACAAAAGCGCCUCGCGACAUUUCGGGAACCGAAGUGGAACAGCUAGAUACGCUUUAUGAACAGCUUCUAGGGAAUAUCAACGCAGCAUUUACUGCAGCCGGUCAUAGUGCUGAAAAACGCUGUGACGAUGCGAAUGCAAGACUAGCUUUAAGUCUUGAAGAGCUACAUAUCAUCAAAACAGAAUACGACAAUGAAAAGCGCAUGCUUUGUGAGGCAUUGGGCGCUGAGCAAAAUAGACGGCGAGGCAUCUUACAAGAAAAAAUGGCAAAACAGUGGUGUGAACGACUUGCAGAGCUGAAGAAACAGCACAACAAUUCUUCAGAAGAAAUAGUGCAGCUCAAAAUGAGAGAGCUGAGUGACGAGCAUGAACACGAUCGUUCGCAACUCGAAGAUGUGAUUAGCAAGCAGACCAUUCAGGCACUUAUGGAGUUUGACGACAAAUCGCAUGCAAAUGAGAUUGUUUUGAGAGCUGAGACUCGGCGACUACGUGCAGAAAGCGAAGCCGCUCAGAUAGCUUGUGAAGCGUUGAACUUAGCAUAUUGUGCCGAAGCAGAUCGGUUUAGCCGCGAAUUUUACGCGUUUUUUAGUAAUGUGAAUUUGAAGAGCUUAAAGACCCAGCAUCGUCGCCGCAGAAUUGAAGAAAGGCUUGCAAUUAAGCAAUUUUCGAAGAACCAUAUCUCUGUGAAUUCUUCUUAUCUUCCACCAAAGACACACGGACCUUUUUUGUCAUCGUUACCUGCAACUGUGCAAUCCCUUAUGAUCGAUUAUAUAGAAAGUGAGGUGCACAGGCUGCAAAAGGAACACCACCGAGCCUGGGAAGAGUUACGAUGUCGUCUGCACGACGAGAUUCGGUUGCGUAAGGCACAUUUGGUAGAACGGCUUCAACGCAAACGUCAGUCGCUCUUUGAUAACACGGCGCUGACACCUCACGAUAAGUUAUGCAUUGAGGCUGCUAUGGACCGAGAAGAAGAUCAGGCGUGUCAGAAUUAUGACGCAUUCGUUACAUUAAUGGCUCGAUCACUGAAUUUGGCAAAUUUGCAAUCAAAAGAAAAUGUUGUCAACACUCUGGUGGACACUUUUUUGUCGAAUGGCGACAAGCUAGAUGCAGCAUGGAGAGUGAUUAGAACGCAAGAUGACGGAGCUCAUGACAAGCUACAAAAAUCACUUCAAGUAAAGCGGGACCAAGAACAGAUUCUUAAGAAGCGCCUUGAUCAGCGCUGCACUUUCAAAAGUGCAGGAAAAGAUCAAGAUGAAAAAGAAGAGCUGAAGUGUGAACUUGAAGAACAGCUUUCUUUAAAUGAAGUCCAAGAUUGGGCGGCUCUAGAGGUUUGUGAAUAUCUGAAAAUUGAGGUUGUGUUAUCCCCCUUAAAAGCCGCUGCGGAGCAGCGUUUGAAAUUGGCAGAAGUAGCAGAGUGGAAAGUGCGUGAUGAACUAACGUGCCUUACGAAAGUGCAUGCUCAAAGUUUGAUUAAGCUGCGUCAAUCCAUCCAGUCCAACAAGCCACGCCAGCAGCUUGUUUGCUUUAAGCGUGACCGACUUCCGACUGAUUAUAAUCAAAUGUUUGACGACGAAGCCCAGAGGGAUAAGCAACCGGCCAAAGCAAUGCUACAAGAAUUGUAUGGAGUAGACCUGGCUGAUACCGGGGUGGGCUCAAUUGAACACCGCUGGGAACAGGAAACCGAGCUGCUUGCGCGAUUUUGUGCCUUAUCUGUUAGUAAGGCUGCAGAAAAGAUGGCUCUGAUUUUGUGUGAAUCCGCUCGUCUCGAAGCAAACUGUGUGCGAGUAGCACAUGAAACUUUCGUGGCCCCAACGUUUCAAAAUUCAGCAUCAAAAGUCGCUAGUAGUCGAGAAUAUUUGGUUGCGCGUUUAGCCGAACGAAAAAACAAGCGAUGUCAUGAUAAAGAGCCGCAGUGGGGUCGAGAAAUGCCGAAAAAUACUUGUGCUAUAGAGUUGACAAACAUGGUGCAGUCGACAUCAGACCUGCACAAUGAUAGAGCGGUUAAUCGAGAGAUUGCACGCUUGCAGGAAGCCCAUGCUCGAGGUGUUCUUGCUAGACAGGACCAACUCAAGGCAGAUACUACAGUUCAAAAAGCGGCUUUAACGGCUCGUCUUGAUCACAAGCGACGAGCGGCACGGAAUAGCAGAGAGUCUGGCGUACAAAAUGAGAAGUCUUUACCGCUUGAAGAAGAGCAGGAACUAGUCAUUUUUGACAAAGAGCAAGCUGAAAGAACACGAGUCUUAGAAGCUGAAGCGAUUUCUGAGAUGGAACGUUUCAAGAAGGCUUUGCAUGAAGCCGAUGACUGUGGGGCUAGAUACGUUGAGCAAAAGCUGAUAGCGUGCAGAAAGUCUUAUGACGUUGAGCUGGCCAAAUUAGAGGAGUCACUUAGAGCCGAGCGUUUACAGCAAGAGUCUGCGUUGAAGCAAAGACUGGCAUUGAAGCAACUACGUCACGUAACAACGGGUAGUGAUGCCGAAGCCGAAGACAUAAAUGAGAAUGAAUUGGCACUGGAUGAGAAUAUUCAAGUUGACCCCGAGGUACAGAUGCGACGCACACGGCAGAACUUUAUUGAGCGUCAGCACCACGAAAUGGCAGAAGUGACACGUGAACUAGAACUUGAAAUGGAUUUACGAUGGCGGGCUGCGCUCGACCUGCAAUCAGCAGCGGAGCAUGAAAUUAGGCGGCUGGAGGAAGAGCAUGCGAGCGAUAGGCGUGCUUUACAAAAGACACAGUUUGCAGACCAGCAAAAGCGCGAAGCCCAGUUGAUUGACAAGCUGGCCAAGAAGUCUACACGUGUGUCAAAAGAAUCGAAUAGGAAAAAAGUGCAAUUAAAUGAUGUCGAAGAAAAAGUUGCUAUGGCGGCACUGCGGGAAGAAAUAAAGCACGAGCAGUUAAUAGCGUGGACUCGAGAGCGAGUGAGACAGGAGACUACGAUGACUUUGGCGACUGCGAAGCUAAGUGAAGCUUCGAAAGCAUCUGUUCAGGCUGCUGCUGCUUUGCGGCAGGCUCAAAUAGAGGUCACACGUACAGCAGCUGAACUCGAAAAGAUUAUUGGAGAAUGUCGGCAACAUGAGGCACCGGGAGCUGUAGGCUCGAAGCGAAAGCUUGCCGACCGUUUAGCAGAGAAGAAAAGCAAGCAGUAUUUGGAGCGAAGACAGGUAAUUAAUAAGAACAAAUCUGGUACCCAAGCUUCGAAAGACGAAAUUGAGCGCUUGCGUCUCGAAGCGCAGAUUGAAAUCCAGUUAACAUCAUGUCGUAAAGCUCACGAUGCUGAGGUAGUGAAGUUGCGAGAAGCGCUUCAAGCGGAACGCGAGCGUCAAGAAUGUGCAUUACACGAGCGAAUUGCGCGGCGGAAAGAGAAGCGAUGCUUGUUGAGUGCUCAAGCAAUAGUAAAAUGCGACUUAAAAGCCGCAGAAGAAGCCGAAUGGAAACAAGAUCGAGAGGAAGAGGCUGCUUUGGUUGCGACGCUGGCAUUGCAGGAACAGGAAGCGUGGAAUCAAAUUCAGAGCAAGCACGAGGAAGAUGUGCGUAAACUGCAAGAGCUAAAGCUCGAACAAGAGCGUGAGCGUUCAGAUCGCCAACAGCAAGUGGUUCAGCAGGAGAUAAAUCGAUUACAGAAAGAACAUGAGCGUGAAUUGCAAGCUUUCACUAAGUCACUAGUUCAAGAACAAGCGAGACAGGAGGAAAAAUUACAGCAGCGUAUUGCUCACCGGCGUGCACAAAAGCACCGCCAAGACGAGUUGGCAACCGCGAACGAUGCGGAAUUUCUACAGUCGAGCAUUGGUGCUGACGAAGAGGCUCGAGUUGCCGCUGAGUGCGAGAGAAACGAAGCUAUGUUGCAGACCCAUUCUCAAGUAGAUAUGGAAUCGGAGGAGAGAGAACGAGAGUUGAUUGCAGCACGCUUGGCGCAGCAACUAGAAAAGGAACAGGCUCGACAGAAACGCGAGAAAGAAGAAUUAGUGGCUAGAUUAAAUGAGAAAGCAGACGAGGAAGCGGCAAAGCGGGCACAAAAUUUGGCCUUAGAGAUGCAAAAGUUGGCGACCGAGAUGGCGGACAAACUGGCUUUCGAAUACAGUACAAAUCUACGUGAGCUUCGUGAGACACACAGUGCUGAUGGAGCUGCGCAGAAGGCACGGCUAGAGUCUCGGAUUGCGAUUAAGAAAGCGCGAAAGCUGCGUGAACUUGAAGAAAAGCGCGAGCUUGAGCGCCAACGUUUGCACUCAAGGCAGCAGCAAGAAGCCGACGAAGCUUUUAAGGCUAUAAAGGAGCGCGAAUCAGCACUGACAGAGGCGGCAGGGCAUACGAUGGUCCGCUCCGUCAACGAGAUGGAAGGUAAAGAGCAAUUCUCUGCAGCAGAGUCUGCUGCAUUAUCAUCUGAAAAAAAGGCAUUUGCGAUGAUUCGAGCAGCCAGACAGCGAAAGUGCGACGUGACAGCUGUACAACAGCUCUUUACAUAUGGCCUCAUACCAGCCAAACUUUCUUUACUUGAUGCGGUGGAGAUGGUUGUUGGACCUCGACACGAACGUGAGUUGGCUACUCAGCUUGCCGAGCUUGCAGCGAGAAGUCUUGAAAGUGUUCGCCAAGUCUUACAUGCUGUAUCCCAUCAGAAAGCAGCCCGCAAAGCCCAGACUUUACAAGAAAUCUCAGGCCGUCAGGGAAGCAGUGUCGAAACCUUAAGUAAGUGGGAUGUUGACACCAUACUAGCUCAACUAGAUUCAGAAUUUGCUGAUGAGUUGCGAGAAGCGGAGAGUCUGGCAACACGGAAUAAUGAAAAGGUCAAGACUGAGCUGAAAAAUCGUAUUCAAAAGCAGCAAAUAGGCGAGGUGGCUAAUUUGCUGGCUUAUUUUGACGAACAGCACACGGCAGCGCUCACCCACAUGGCUGCAAUUGCUGCGCCAGCCCCAUCACUCCAACAGAAUCAACAGCCUGUGAAGUCUCAGACAGCAGAUGAAGCGGAGUACUUGUCAACUGAGCUUCGAGUCAGGUUGGAGUUUGAGGCUAGUGAACGUCGUCGCGAAUUGGAGGAAGAGAGACGCCAGGAAAUAGACCGUUUAAGCAAGAUGCAACAAGCGCAGCUUGCAGAAGUCGACAAACAGACGGCAGCUUCAAUUAAUGAGGAACAUGCGGCGAUGAUGCAAAUGCUGACUAUGAGACUCAAGACGCCACCUGCUAGAACGGCGAGGCAGCAAAUGGUCGUGGAGCACGAGCACGCUAAUCAAAUUCAGCGUUUGACUUUGAUGCUAGAGGGUCGCGGCAAGCAGCAAAAGGCUCGAGUGCGAACUCGAUUUGGUCUGCAAAUGGCUCUGGUAGAUGAUGAAUUUCGUCGCAAAGCUCAAAUUGUCGUCACUGUGAUGAAUCAACAGGUCGUGCAAGAAGAGGCGAAACUACGUCAAAAGCGGUCUCUCAAGACAAAAGAAUUAAGCGACCAAGUCCAUCAGCAAAAGAAUGCAGACAGUUUACACUCGUCGCUGACGGGGGAAUUAGUCAAACGCUUGGGGAAUGCGCUGGAAGAGCGCCUCAUAAAAAUUGAAGAUUUAGUAGCGGCCUCUGUGGACGCCCAUAAUAUCAUGUCAAAAGACAAAACUGGACCGAAAGAAGGUGACUCAGAAAAAGAAGACGGUAGCUCUGUUGCGUACCGAGUCGCCAUAGCUGAAGCUGUGGCAACUGGCUGUCGCUACGAAAAGCGGCAGCUUGUCAAUACGCAGACUCUACUGGCCGCAUCAGCAUUCGGCGUCCGCAAUGCGAACGCAUUGGAUGCAUCAACAUUAACCCUUGUUCCCGCUGACCAACUUGACGAUAGAAUGCGUGCGCGACAAAGUUUUGCGGAUAUGCUGCUUCGUUUUGUGGCGACAGCAGAAGAACCUGCUGCAACGUCAGCCGUCAUAUGGCAUUUCGAGAGUGGCAACACAGGUGCAAUGGUUUACGCGAGUUUUUUUCUUAGAAAGGAGGGCUUUCAUUCGACAAAUACACUUUACCUCUCACUUUCUGCUCUGACAGAGCUGUCUACAGGUCAGCUAUCCAUUGUAAUUCUGCAUGCGCUGACACAGGCUCGCACAAACUCUAGCGAUUUGACAGAACCGCAGUUUAUUUCGAGCCUGUAUAGCCUUAUACUCCGCCUUCAACUUCAGCUACACAAUUCAGGAAACGUAGUGGUGCGGAUGAAAUGA